GCUGGGUGGGAAAUGUUUUGUUUACACUAAACACAAAGAAAAAACACGUUUUUGUUAGCAUUAAAACGGUUUGCCGACAAUAAUAUGAUGAUGGUUCAACUUUCCUAGAGCGUGGUGAUUUCACCCCUUACAACAACGACAGGCUAAGGUAAUAUGAAACGCGGUUAUCUAGACGGCAGCAUUUGCUCUGAAUGCGACCAUUUCCGGCCUGCUUUUGUAGUGCGGGACAGCGUGCAGUGUGUGCGGGAGCAAUAGUGUGUAACAGAGUGUGGAUUAAUAUGGAUUGAUGUGUAAAGGAAAUGGAAUGCAAAUAUCUGCCACGCAUAAAAUGAAUUUCUGUGCAGCUCCAUCGCAAGAUUCUACCGUGUACAUAAAAUUUGGUUCUUGGAAGCAAAAAGUGUGCCCGUGAAUCCAUUCCGAUCCCAGUAGCAACGCCUCUGAAGCGCAGUCCCUCGAAAUCAACAGCCGCACAAGUCCGCAUUCCGGGGGGAACGCUUGGCUCUGUCGUGCAGCGUAUUGUUUUGAUAGUGCAGUCAGCUAGAUGCGUCGCUCCGUUUGGUGGCGGACCCGGGCCGACAGACACCAGACCUCGCUGCAAUGAAUCCGACCUCGCUGUACAUUACGACGUCGCGGCUGGUCUUCCAGGGCGACAUAGUGGCUGAGCUGCAGGAUCUGAACCGUCUGUUGCCCUACCUGCGCAAAAGCUUGAGCUGUGCGGUAUGCUGCAAGCUGCUGGUUGAGCCCCAUAGCCCGUCGACGGGCGACUGCCAGCAUCACAUCUGCCGUGUGUGUGUUGGCAAACACAAGAAGCUGAAACCGGCUUGCCGUUUCUGCAAGGGUUUACUCCAGUAUCGGGAAAACACGCAGCUCCGGCUGCUGCUUCAGUGCUACAAGAGCAUCUGUACAUUCAUCCGGUCUCGGCCAGUGUAUGCGGAUAUAUGCAAGUGUGCCCCGAACCAGCCGGGAGGUCCUGGAGGGACUGAAGGUAGUGCCAGUACAAGCGGUGGUGGUGGUGGUGGAGGUUCCGUCACAACGCCCAACAGCUUGAUGGAUCUGAUUGACGAGGGUGCGGCCUUCGUCGAUGAUUUUAAGUGUAAUUCUGGCCUGUCAAAGUCAGCCUACUCGAUACUGCCGUGCAUCUUCCCACCGCCCGUCGUGACUGUGCAGCCGACGCCCACCGAACCGAAACCGAUCGCUGUCGUGCCACCGUCCGCACCGUGCUGCUCGAAGGUGGCCGCGAACAAACCUAAACCUGCCGGCAAAACAGCACGCCCGGUUGAGAAUCUUAAAUUGGUAUUGCAGGACAAGAAAAAGUUGUUGCGCAAAACGACACCGCGCCAGCCAAAACAAGUGGAGCAGCACCAAAAACCAGCGGCACAGCAGCAGCAAAAGAAACGGAAUCAGCCAAGACCAAAACAAAAGGAAGUGAAGCAAGAGCAGCAGCAACAGCAGCCACAACAACAGCAGCCACAACCACAGCAGCCUCAACAACAGCAGCCACAACAACAGCAGCCACAACAACAGCAGCCACAACAACAGCAGCCACAACAGCAGUCACAACAACAGCAGUCACAACAACAGCAGCCACAACAACAACAGCAGCAAAACAAGCAGCCAAUGCAAGUGCCACAACAAAAGCAACCACAAACGUCGAAGCAGCCACAAAGAAAACAGAAGCAACAGUUGAUACCAGUGCAGCAAUGUUCUCCACUUUUACAGAAGCAGCAGCAGCCACAACAACAGCAGCAACAACAACAACAACAACAAAAACAACAUAAUCAGCAGAUGAAAGUACAGGUGUUCCAACAAAUUAUUCCGAAUGUGUCCCAGCAGCAGCAGCAGCAGCAGCAACAACAGCAAAAGCAACAACAGCAAAAGCAACAACAGCAAAAGCAACAACAGCAAAAGCAACAACAGCAAAAGCAACAACAGCAAAAGCAACAACAGCAAAAGCAACAGCAAAAGCAACAGCAAAAGCAACAGCAACAGAAACAGAAACAGCAACAGCAACAGCAACAGAAACAGAAACAGCAACAGCAACAGCAGCAACAGCAACAGCAACAGCAGCAACAGCAACAACAACAACAACAACAACAGCAACAGCAACAGCAACAGCAACUGCAACAGCAGCAACAGCAGCAACAGCAGCAACAGCAGCAACAGCAGCAACAGCAGCAACAGCAGCAACAGCAGCAACAGCAGCAACAGCAGCAACAGCAGCAACAGCAGCAGCAGCAGCAGCAGCAGCAGCAGCAGCAGCAGCAGCAGCAGCAGCAAAUACAACCCCAAAGGAUGACAAUGCAACAGGUGCCAUCACAACAGGAACAACAAAGGCAGCAAGCGCUUCAGCAACAAAAGUCAUUGCAGCGAAAACAGCAACCGCAACAACAACUAUUGCAUACACAACACCCGCAACAGCAGCCGCAAUCGCAAUAUCAUCCGAAUCAUCAACAACUAGCAAACAACCAGUCGAAGCCGCAACAGCAACAAGUUCUGCCUCAACAGCAACAGAAGCAAGUGGUGCCGCAACAAUCACGACAACAACCGAAACAAUUCAACCCCCAGCUGAAACUGGAACCAAAUCCGGAAUUACAAUCGCAGCAAUUUUUGUUGCCGACACAGCAACCUCCGCUACAGUUGAUGCAACAACAGCCGCUGCAAAAACCUUCACCUGUGCAACAACAGCUGCUGCUGCUGCAGCAGCAGAAACCGGCGCAGUUGCCAACACAGACGCAGAAGCCAUUGCAACAGAAACCGCAACUACAAGUGGUCGGUGGAAAGACGCUAACUUCAGCACCAACGACGCUGCCGGUCCGGCCACAGAAAUCUCUUUCGCUGCAGCAAACCGUCCAGGUAAAGCAGGAAUCGGUAGAACAGUCGCAAGUGCAGCUGCAACAACCAAUGUUCCAAUUGCAGCAGCAGCAAAAACAACAAAAGCAGCAACAGAUUGCUUUCCAAACGCAGCCGAUGCAAACAAUCAUGCAGAAAACGACACCGCUGGUAGUACGCAAGCAGCCAGAAACGAUCGAGUACUUAAAGGAAAGUCCGCAGCAGCAGCAAGAUCAGCAGCAGGACAGCCGGCAGAAGCAGCUAGAGCUAGCGCAGCAGAGGCAGCAACAGCAGCAGCAGCAGCAGCUACAAAUUGCUCAGCGACGACAACAGUUGCAGCAGGCGAUGCAACAACAACCACAAAAGCUCGCUUCGCAACAACAGCCCAUUGCAGCAAAGCUAGCAUCGCAGCAGAUGCCGAUCACUCAGCCACAAUCGCGUAUGGCCUUCUCGGGCAUCGUGUCCGAUGUAGUCAUUCGUCCGACAGCGACAAAACUCAACACCACCACCACUACCCUCAUACGAAACAUGCUGCCGGCACGCACUGGCCCCACCAUAAUCCACGCAGAGUCGCUUGCGAAUCGUCUCCCGGCUAGUACUGGCAAAAGCAGUGCCAUGGUACCACCGAACGUCGCCAACACACCGCUCCUGACGCAACCGAUCAUCAAGAACAGCUGCGUACCGACGACGCCACGCAUCGUCAACAUUACCACGCCGCAGGAAAUUAAGUUCGAGGCAGCUCCGAUAAAAACGGUUUCCAGCGGUACCACCAUGUACUCGGUGCUGUACGCCGAAAGUGGCAACAAAUUUACGAUCAAGCGAAAACCGGACCCAGUAUCGGCUGCGAAACCUUCACCGAACGGUGGACCAACGGCCAAAAUAGCAACGAUGCUGUCGAACGCUACUGUUGUUGCUACCACUACAUCCACUACUACGACUGCGACCGGUCUAGCGGGCAGCUCACGCUCAAUAAUGCAACCGGUCAAGGCGGUGAACGGUGAUGAACAGUCAAAGUUGGCAAUGGGUUCGAAAGCACAGACGCAGCAGACGCUUAACAGUCCGAUUGUGCUGCAGUUCCGGCCACCGGCCACACGACCGAUACAGUUGUCGUUGCAACAAAAUGCUACAGUCGUUCAACAGCAGCAGCAGCAACAGCAACAGCAGCUCCAACAACCACAGCAUCCAGCACCGAUGGUGCAGCAACAAAUACAACAGCAACAACAGCUGCAACAGUAUCAACAACUUCAGCAACAGCAAAAGCUCGGUGGAUCAUCGCAACAAACAGUUGUGUCGCUCGCACCGCAGCAACAGCAAAACUUCCGCUCGCUUAUCAUUCAACAACAGCAGCAACAACAGCAACAGCAGCAGACGGUACAGCAACCAUCAUCACAAGCACCACAACCACCAUCACAGCAACAGCAGCAGCAAGCAUUGAAGCGUAAAGGAUGCCGGUGCGGUAAUGCCACUCCAACACCCGGCAAGCUGACUUGUUGCGGUCAGCGGUGUCCGUGCUAUGUGGACUCCAAGUCGUGCGUUGACUGCAAAUGCCGCGGCUGUCGCAAUCCUCACCGAGCGGACGGUCUUAAGAUUCGUCGAAGCUUGUCGGAAUUGCUGCAGCAAUAUAAUGCGCCGACCCCCACUACCACCACCACCAACACGACCGCUACGACCACAGCCACCAUUGACACGGUGUCCGCAGGUGGGGUGUCUAUCGGUCCAACGAUAACCGCCGUCACGUACGCACUGAACGCACUAAAGCCAACUAAUGCGGCGUCCACCUCGACCGUAGCAACUGGCAGCACCAAGGUGAAGGUAAUAAGUGCCGGGCAGCAUCAAAUCCUACACACCACCGCUAAAGCGGCACCAGCCACGGCCACCGUAAAGACCGGUUCCGGCGGUGGUCGUACCAGAACAAAUGGUGGCGUCGGUGUGUGUCUGCUGCCGAGAGCGUCCCAGACCGCAACCGUACCCCAGACCAGUGGCGGUACCAUCACGAUCCGGCCGUUUGCAAGCACGGGUUUCAGCGGUGGCACUACCACCACCAUCAGCUAUCUGCCCUCCGCUUCUAAUUCGUCCGCCUCCACAUCGUCGUCGAGUGCAUCAUUGUCGGGUGGUUCAUAUGCGCCAACGUUGACACGCACACCCGUGUCCCAACCCGGCGUCACAACAACGCCCACCCCGACAAGCGUAAGACUGAGCAAACCCGCACGCACCAGUAGCACCGUAACGUCCGGUGGUUCGUUCACAUCCCUUUCUACCGCCACAUCGUUGGAAUCACGCGAUUGGCCACGUCUCGGUGGUGUCGGUAGUAUUGGUGAAUCUAAAUCCUUCCCCAAACAUUCGCCACCGGGAAGCAUUGAGCUGCUCGACACACCGUCGCGCGAACGGCGUAACAAUUCAUUCGUCAGUGGCAAACCGGACGCGCUGCUGAGCCAAAGCUCGGUAGCGAUGAUGCCGGUCACGGCCUCCCCAACGUCCGCCUCGUCCUUCUGCUCGUCGCCGAGCGUCUGGUCACCUUCACUGCCGAGCAAUCUGUUCGGCAGCAGUGUAGCGUCGGUAGGUGGCACCGGGUCACCAAUCGGGAGCGGUUCGUCCGUGCCGGAACUGUCCUCCCUGUCCGGGUAUGAUGCGAACAGCUUUGUCAACAUGCUUGAUCCGGAUGGUGUGAUUGAUCUGUGCGACGAUCUGGAACUGAACGCGGCGAACCUCAUUUCGCUCGACUGAUCACAUCCCACGUUAAUGCGGCAGCAGUGUUGUUUUUGAGCCAUCAGCUACAGGGAACUGAUUGCAACAUCGUGUAAGCGAAACGGAUUUUUUUUUUAUACCACAGCAUUACCUUCACGUUCGGAAGAGUUAUUGUAUUAACUAUUUGCUAUUUUGUUUUGUUUUCUACUAAACCCACCCACCCGGGGUGUACAAUUUGGACUGUCCGCUAUCUUUACUGCUUGAUAUGCUCUCUCUCUCGCUCUAAUACUUCAUUAAUUUUCCACUUCACUUAACUUUUUUUUUGUAGACUACUAAAUGAAAUUUUGUAAACAAUUUUAAGAUACACACACACACAUUUGUCGAACAUGUUUUUUAGAGAUUCGAAUUUGUUUUUAAAAAUUGUGUUCUUUUUUAUCUCACAAGAGCCUACAGAAAGCGAGCUCAGAUGAGAGAUUUCCCAGUUCCCAGGCAAUGAUAUAAUCAAAAUUAAUUUACGUAAUUGCGUACCCGGUGACCCCACUGUACGGUAGAAAGGAAUUGGGAAGAUUUAAACUAACACAACCCGUUUACUAAACGUAAUGAUUGCAUUGUGGAUGAAAACGAGAUUGAUAGGGUACAACUUGCAGUACACAUUAUUUUCAUAAGCACGGAUUUAUUUGCAAAACAAACUAAAAAUACAAUAUGUGUUUUGUGUUUGUGGGGCGGUCGGGUGGUCUUCACACGGCAGGACCGGAGUUUCAAAUCCCAUCCAGACCGUCGCCAGACUUUGCUGCGGGUGAAAUCAAGUCACAGAAAGCCAGAAAUGGCAGGCCGAGACCUCCCGAGGUUGUAGUGCCAAGGAAAAAGAAGAAGAAGAAGAGUUUUGUGUUUCUAGUUCGUUCGCGUCGCAAAUUUUACAGGCCAGUCGUGUGCUCCAAGAUGAUGAAUGGCUCCUAAAAUGGGCUUUUCUGGCAGCUUUGUUUUAAGUUACUUUAACAAUAUCUUCUUCAUCUUGCACCACAUCCUCAAGAGGUCUCGGCCUGCCACAGUUCUGGGAUUCCUGUGACUUGGUUUUACCCUUGGCAAAGUAGUCAGCCUUGCGUAUAGGGUGGAAUUUGAACCUCGGUCCUGCCGUCUGAUGAGCCACCGGACCGCCCCGGAACAAUUUAACAACGCACAAACAAGAUUUUCAACCCGUUUCAUUUGUAAUGAGCAUUUUUUAUUGUUUGUUUCUAUUAUAUGUCUGUGUUUCAUGAAACUCUGUAGUUUUCCCCUAAAAUGUAAUUUUUUUUUAUUAUAAAAAAAUUAGAAAACACAUAAUAUCAUUAUUUCACGUACAACAGGGCGAUAGAAGAGAAAAAAAGUGACACACACACUGAUCUGAUUGUGCGACGUGUUAGGAUUGGAUAGGAUAUUUAAAGGAUUUCCACCUACUUCUGGAGGAAAACUUCAGUGUUCAAUGUUUCUAGGAUCUAGAUUGGAUGUUCCCGAAAGCAGAUUAGUGUACCGUGAGGUAAUAUGAGCUGAAGAAUAUGGUGUAGUUGUGUCAGAUGUACGUACGUGUAUGCGUAAAUUGACGGCCAUUGCAAAAAGAAAACAAAAAUAACCCGUUUCCCACCAUCAGCGGCGCUGUUCGCCAGCGAAAUCUCGUAUAUCCGGUUACGGUUUAGUUCAUUUUUUUACGUUUUGUAAUCCUUUAUGAAUUAGUUGAUGUUAGGUAUAGCUCGUACGUACCGUAUCGAUGUGACAUUAGACAUAUUGGAGAACUCCGGAACGCACACAUACUGCAAGUGUGUUGACCUACCCCACUUCAUUUUGGCUCAUCAUUAUUCGAACAACAAGUAUUUAGUAAUUUAUCCACGAUUGUGUACGUGUCUGUCUCUGUGUACGUGUGUAAAGCCACAAGCGCAAAUGACUAACCACUCUGACUGUCUCAUAGUAGCAAACACUUUACGUGUGUUUAUAGUUUGUAGUUGCGUAGCUUGUAGAACAGAUGUGUAGACUACUAAAAACCUAGUGAGGACAAGAAACCGUUUCGUUUCCUUUUUGGCACUGUCGACUGUGAAUGUAAAACGUGAACUGAAAAAAAAGAUGAAUUUUAUUGUAUAGGAAAAAAGGAAAACCGAACAGAAAUAAUAAUUUGGAACUUUGUACACACGCGAACCGGGGCAAUUGAAAUUGUUGGAAAAAUUUAACACAAAAUUCAAAAACAUACAUUUACACUGUACUGUCAACCAGUUUUGGCCACAAUCGGUUUCUCGUAAGAAAAAAAAAAGAAAAACAAACCCAUUACUUAAUUGUGAAUAUUGUCUAAAAAGUAGAACAGAGGAUAUGUCAAAUCAAUCGUGCAUUAUGUAGCACUGCUUUUACUGCAAACGAUGCACGCUACCCUGUAUGUUUCAGUGUACGCAUGUUGUGAACAUGCGUCUAAAUGUUUCAUACAUGGUAAACAUAGCAAAAUGCAUUUUAAUUUUAAAACAUUAUUACUUUUUCCUACGCAAAGCAUCACCACACGAACAAGGUAGGAGAAUUGCAACAUAGUAGAGCGCUGGCCGAUGGAGUGGCAUCGACUCCGCAGGGAGUUUAGUGGAAGAAGUGGUAAGCCUCGAACGAUCUAUGUCCAGAAAGUAGACCGCAGUCGAGUUCUCCCUUCGACGAUCUCAAAAUACGGCAUAUCCUUCGCACUCCUUCAUCGCAAAGUUCACUGGCCAGAACUCUUGUGCUUAUCGGCUCCUCUAGCGCUCUCCUUCUAUUAUAGGCACAAAAUUGCAUUUACGAUGGAUUACAAAAGGAGGUGAAUAUUAGUUGGUUGAUUAGUUUAUUAGAGACUUUGAGUCAUUUCAGACUUCACUUGUCUCGAAGGAGGAAAGAUAGAAAGCAGAGCGAGAGAAGAAGAUAAAAAAACACACACACGAAACAAAUCUCCUUAUUUGGCGUAACUCUAGACUAAAAGUUGAAGAUUUAGAUAAGAAGAAAUGCAAAACAAACAAAAACAAAACACCGAAAAAGAGAACUUUAUUUAGAUGAACGAUGAAAAAACUCUCCGUCUCUCUUUCUCUACACAAACACACUCAUCCAUCAGAACCGUAUCUAUUCAUACACACACACACACACACACACACACAUUACAUUAAAGCUUUGGACGAAAUACAUUAAAAGAAAAGAAGAAAAAAAAAUGGAAGGAAAAUUAUUUUUGUACCAUUGUAUAAAACUUCGCUUUUUGUACUGUUGUAAUGCGUAUAAUAAAAGCUAUUAAAUAAAAAUAA